AUGAAACAAAUCAAUAUCAUCAAAACAAAACCAAAAGAACACAGUCGAUGUACUUGUACCAAUCCAUUAUAUAGUUUUAGUGUAUGUGCACAGUGUAAAAAAGUUAUUUAUAAGAAAGAUAAAGAAACAGAAACAAGAAGAAGAACAGUAGUAUUAUCAAUUGAAAUAACACGACUUUUAAAUGAAUUUCAAAAUAUUAUUGAAUGGUAUGAUGGAAGUAAACCAGAAGAAUUUAUACCAAUUCGAGAUGAAUUUAUUGAAAGAGUUAAUAGUGUAGUGAAAGAAGCAUUUGAGAAAGAAAAUAAAGAAAUAGAAAGAAAAGAGAAAGAAAAAAAAAUUAACAAGAAAAGAGAACAAAUAAUAGAAGAAAUUAUUAAAACAGAGAAUGAUUAUUGUCAAGACAUUAAAUUAAUAGAAAAAUAUUAUCUAACAACAUUAAAAAAAUAUAUGAAAGAAGAUGGAAAGAAACUAGAAGAAAAAUUAAAAGAAAUAGAAGAAGUUUCAAUAGAAAUUAAUAAUAUAAUGAAAAAAGGAAAGAAUAUUAUUGAAGAAAUUUAUCAAAGAAUUGAUAAAUUAAAAGUUUAUGAAGAAUAUUUUAUUCUUUAUCAUAAAAAUAUUAAAGUAUUUGAAAAUAUUAGAAAGAAUGAAGAAUUUGAAAAUAUUAGAAAUAAAAAUAAAGAACUUAGACAACUUGAUAUAAUGGAUUUUCUUGUUAAACCAAUUCAAAGAAUAACAAAAUAUCCAUUAUUUAUUAGAGAAAUUAAACCAUUAUUAGUUUCUAUUGAUACCAUUGAAUUAGGAAGUAAAAUAGAAAAUAAAAUUCAAGAAAUUAUGAAGAAACAAAAUGAAAAUCAAAGAAAAUAUCUUUCAGAAGAAAUGAUUAAAGAAAUUGAACCACGAUUAAAUUGGAAAGAAUUUGGAAAAAAUUAUAAUUUAAGUAAAAGUAAUGUAUGUUUAUUAUUAUUUAAUGAAAAUUUAUUCAUUACAGAAACCAUUAGAAAAACAAAUGAUUUUCUUGAUAAAAAAGAGCAAUUUAAUUGUAUGUUAACAUUCACUGAUUUUAUAUUAUUUGGAAGAACAAAAUUAUUAGGAAAAAUUAAAAUUUGUAAAUAUAUUGAAUUAAUAAAUUGUACUAUUGAUACUACAAAUUGUAAACCUAAUGAAAUCAUUUUAUUCUAUGAUACUAUUAAUUAUACAAUUCAAUUCUCGGAUGUUUCAGAAAAAUCUAUUUGGAUUACUAAAUUUAAUGAAAUUCCACAUAAUCAUUUAACAAAAAUGCCUUUGUAUUGUGAUGAAGAAUCAAAUGAUAAAUCAAAUGAUGACAAAAUAAAUUCAAACCCAUCUAAUGACGUCUUUAAUAUUCUUACUACUUUUCAUUCAACUUCACAACAACUUCCUCAACAACAAAAAAUAGAAAAAGAUCAAAGAUUAAAUAAUGGAAUAAAUACACCACCACUUGAAUCAGAAGAAUCAAUCUUGUAA